AUGAGCCGUGGCGGUAGCGCCGGUGGUGGUCAAAGUUCUCUGGGCUACCUCUUUGGAAGCGAUGAGCCCCCCAAACCGGCAGUGGCACCAGCUGCAAGUGCUCCACCUGCUGAGAAACCACCUGCUGCAAAGGCUGAUGUGAACAAGCAGAUUGCUGCUGGGGUUACCAGCCAAACCAAUAACUACCACAGGGCUGAUGGUCAGAACACCGGGAACUUCCUUACGGAUCGUCCUUCGACCAAGGUCCACGCUGCUCCUGGUGGUGGCUCUUCCCUGGGCUACCUGUUUGGCGGCAACUGA